UGCUCGAAGCGCGCGUGUGUGCGGUGCGCGAGCUGACACGCCGUGCCCCACGCACCGUAAAGUGGUGUGCGGGUCUAUGAAAUCGUGUGCGGACACCGUUUGUGCUCCCGUCGCUACGUGGAUGCGUUCUUCAAGCCGCGAAACUGUCAUCACGCCGAUCGCAGCGCAGCAACGGGGACGAGUCGGGACGAGAGACGCCGCGGGAGCGGCCAGCCGCCGAUCUCGCGUCUAGGCCUAAUGAAGUGUCUCCGCCGUCGGCUGUGUUGUGUUAGCGCGCGGCUAUCGCUUUGGGAAGUCACCGUUCACCGGACCAUCUGUACCGUGUUUGUGUAAGAAGUGAGUCCUGAGAAGGUAGGCAACGCCCAGGAGGGGCUGGGCAAUGCAGUCGGUAUUGGCAUGGUCCCCGCUUGAUCGUCGUCACUUCUCAUACUACCCAAGCCAGCUGCUGCACAAGCGCAUCGCAACCGACCCUCUGGCCCCCAUUGGGGCCACACCAGCCUCAACGGCUGUCUCGCCUCAGCAGAGCCUCAGGAAAGCACCUGCUGUUCCGAGCGAGCCAUCUGCCGCCCAGGGCCUACAGGCACCAGUGGACGACCACAGUGUGACAUACGCUGGUGCGAGCGAAUUUACCCCGAGCUUUAGGGAAGGAAUGACUGGCCUGUUGACAAAGCACGCAAGCCCUGGCUCGCAAGCUCAGGAAAGCGGUGCCCUGAUGGCAGGUGGUGCUGGCCGAGAGGACGACUGGCAGAUGCCGUGCCUGGAGCCCUCGCCCGAGCUCCGGUCUGUGCGUAGUGCUGCCAAGCGCUGGGGGCCCCGCUCGCCCGAGAUGCCCAUGCUUGUGCCAGCAGUAAGCAAGGGGCCUGCAGAGGAGGCUGAGGAGGUGGUGUCCAGGCAGACGCAGCUUCUUCUUAGCCGAUUUCAAGGAAGUGUAGAGGUGGACAGUAUUGAUGGUUUGGACUUCUAUAGUUUCUCCAGUGUGGAGGACCUCAACGAGUUUGCACGUUCCAUGGACCAACUACUUGAAGAGCAGUAUCAAGAGCCACGCUCCCAGGACGAAUCGGUGUCUUCAUCUGAGGCGCGGUCUGGCGCAGCCGAUGAGGAGUGGCGCGAGACGGACUGGGCAGAAGAGAGGCAGCCUGUGGUCGUGCUUCCGCGCAAGACGACAGACAUUACCAAGAUAAAGGGGUGGCGGCACAAGGCAUUUGGUCCCGACCAGACUGUGGACCAGGCAGCGGAUCACACGACACGCUGGGUCAUGGAGCAGAUGAACGAACAAGCGUGGCGCCAGGAGGAGGAACAGAAGCAGGAGCCGCCGGCACUGAUGACGCGGAGAGCUACUGCUGCAGCGGCUGCUGCAGCGGCAGCAGCGAGCGGGCACCAGGUGUCGGCGUCAAAUCAGGCAGCACCCCAGCCUGAAGCAACGAUCAAGAUUGAUAAACAGGAAAACCUGCAGGCAGCUGAAAUGUCGAUGUCCAAGGGUGUGCGCUGUGCCUUCCUGAGCUCCAAGUUGGACGAGUUCUUGCAGCACCAAUCGGAGCUGCGAGUGGUACAGCUGGCCCAGCUCAACCCCAACAUCUUACCCCUGCCCGAGGGCCAGGGAGUGCUGGCACUGAGCAACCCGGUUCUUGCGUGCAAGGGCCCCGAGGGUGCAUCCAGGCAAGUGGGCCCUACCCGACAGAUGACUUAUCGUCCGUCGCGACGCUACGGGAGGCCACAGGCAAGUGCUGCAGACACUAAGUGUGCAUCAGCUGGUGCACGGAUUGAGCACUGGAAGACUAGUGCCGCGCCCGCUGUACGGCGUCGGCAACAUAUUAGCUCAACGACUGACAAAGCAGCGGAGGAACCCGAAGUACCUUCUCCAUCUCCAUCCAAGCCUGUUGCUGGCACUGCAGCAAUAGACGACUCCUUGCCCAAGUCUCCGGCAAAGCGUGCAAAGAUAGAAGCUGAGGAAGAUGCACCUUUCCUGGCAAUGACUAGCCGCAGAUUACGUGGUGGCCAGGUGACACAAGAUUCUUCCUUGAACAAGGCUGCUGUUGCAUCUAAGGAGGGGCCCAAAAAGAAGGAGCCCUCUACCCUUAAGGAGCCCAGUAUUCCGAAGGAAAGUUCAAGGAAGAAGGAGUGCGUCUCCAACCCCGUGACGCCCUCAAAGACAACUGGCGCGGUAGCGGCAAAGAAAACUGCUGUGGUGGUCCCUCCGCCUGCCGAGGAGGCGUUGCCUUACGGUGCGUACGAGGACAGCGGCGACUACCCGAUCGUGCCAGAGACCCAGUUUACCAGUGAGCAGAAGCGUUUGCUUCAAGAACUUCUCACAAGCACACAGUGCAGUCGGCCACUCCAGGUAGUUGUGCCCGGGGACCCCUGUUUCGUGUGCCCGCAACUGGACCAGCACGAUGCCCUUGCGGCUGCGCGAGCGCUUUUGCUAGCUGAAGACGGCACACAUCGCAAGACAUCGACUACCUCUGGCAAGCCAGGGGCUCCUUCGCAUGCCUCUGCUGGGCAGAAAACGGCACAAACGGUGGGGCAUGCAGCCAGUGCACCGAAGGGAGCAAAUGUAGUAAAGAAGGGCAGACCACCGUCUAAGGAAGCGGUGACAAAGAAGAGCACUGUGGAUGUGUCCAAGACAACUUGCAAGCCCAAAGUGAAGGCGCUCUCUGUUCCUGCGAUACCAACUUCACCGCCUGAGUCGACACAAAGCACCCGCAGCCGUCGGCCGAUCCGGCUUCCUGCUCGCUUCCAAGACUCUGCUUUGUACUUCUCCCCCAACGGAGACCUGUUUGACGUUCCAUUGUCGCCCACGUCAGCUCGACAGCGGGGACGCAUGAAUUGUUGCUGGGUAGGUGUUUGCUCAGGGAUUUCUUUGGACGGGGUUCAGAAGCCAUGGUGUUCCAAGAAAUGUGCCCCAGGGAACUGUGAUACUUGCUUGCUACAAUGGGCAUUACAUUUUCUGUGGCAGCAGACAUCUUAUGAUGACUAUAGCUCGAAGGUUGCCCAGCCACAACCACCCCUCCCUCCGCCAGCCCCAGCAGCACCCGUCCAGUCUGAUACAGUGCUGUUGUCUUCAUCUUCAUCUUCGUGUGCUUCAUCACCAUGUUCAUCACGAUUGUCAUCACGCUCAUCAUCUCCUUGUGGCAGCUGGUGUGAGGUUGCCACAGCUUCGCAGGCCUCCAGCAAAAUGAAUGAUGAAGGCACAAAGACAUUCUCUAUCAAUGGUAGCCGGACUCUGAAGCAUCUGGCACGCUUAAAGACAGAUGUCUUCAUCAACUUACAUUCCAUCAAUGACUCGCAGGCUUCCUCAACUCCUGAAGGCUCUGUUGAUAACAUUGAUGAUUUUUCAGACUCUGAUGAGGAGGAGUUGUCUGUGGGCGAUGAGUCGUGCACCAAGGACAGUGAGGGAAACCCAUUGAAGAAGAAGGCAUGCAGGGAACGAAUUAGACGCCAGCAGAUGCAUAACCUGUUAAUGGAGCUUCAGAAUGUGGUCUACAGAACGCCCACCACCAAGCCUGUCUCUAAGGUGGCCGUCUUGUCGCAGGCUAACCAGUAUCUCCGCUGCCUGGAAGUUUUAUCGUCCCACCUGCUUAAGGAGAAGCGUUGGCUGAAGCGACGUCAGGCUGCCCUUAAGCUCUGCUUGCAGGCCAGCUGCCAGGGCACGCAGGUACCACGACUGCCCCAGGCCGAGCCCAAGCCCCCACCGGUGCCUGCUUCUGUUUUGGAAGUGUGCGACCUGAGUGAUUGCACUGUGCCUCCUGUCCGGGAAGCUAGUGAUGAACUGCUCAAUGGCAGCAGCGACACAAAUUCACCUUCUGCACUGCCAAUAGGGAAAAGCAAGAGGAAUGGAGGUUCUAGUGACAGCAAACUUCAUCAUGGCAAAAACGAGAAUUCUUCCAAGUCUGGUUUGGACAAGACUUCAAAGCAAAAAGCCCCACGACCAGUGAAAAUUUUGGACACAGGUGCCAGAACAGGUUCUCUAUCAAAGGUUGAGGCAGUUACGAGCAAGGAGUCUAACAUGGAGACGACAUUUGGGAACGAUAGCUCUUCAAAAGUUUCCUUCAAGUUGAAUGAUGGCCACAUCGGUGCCCUGUGCACCAUUCCAGCACCCCCUGUUGAUUCACCCAAGAAGUACACCCUGUACCCUGCCAAGGGUACCACGCUUACUGACCUGUCAAAGGUUGCUGCUGCAGCACAACAGAUCCUCGGGCCUUGCGUAAUCAAGCGAGUCAAGCUGCGUUCAGGCCAGACUGUGUAUGUUUAUGGGCAACCUGAAGGCGCCAAUGCAUCAACAACGGACGGCACACUUCCCACGCAAGAGUGCCCCGAUAGUGGUGCUGGUGAAGAGUACCAGCCUCUGCCAUCAGGAACCUUGUCAGCCUGGCAAAAUGAGCAGGUGUCUACGUUGCAACUCGCAGCACCAUCUGCAUUGGCGGAGCCAGACGCGCAACCCAGCCUUGACGAGGAAAUGCCAGAGGUUACAUAUGAGGAAGACACUCAGGACAGGUUAUUGCAAGGCACUGAAGAAGACCAACAAGCUUAUCACAGUGGCAAUGUCGACGAAGAGGAGGGUGAUUUGGGGGACACUUCGGAGUGGAUCUCGGGUGACGGUGACACUUGCAUCGUGAUGAAACUGCCCGUGACCUCGGACGAGGAGGAAUCUUCAUCAGACGAGUCAUAG